UCUGAAUUCUAGCUGCAUUUCUCCGCAACCUUCACUCCUCUCUCUCGCUGUCAUUCUCUCUCUAAACCCUAGGAAGACGCACCGCUUAGCUCAAUUGAGCUCUAACUAGGGUUUAGGUAGACUCUGAUCGUCUCCAGUUAUCCGUUUCUUAAGUCUUAAUCGUGUUUUUGGAUCCUUGAUCCGGAUAUGGAUCUACCUAGCCUCGCUGUCAUCCUCCGGGCAGCUCUAAGCCCCAAUCCAGAUGAACGCAAAGCCGCCGAGCAAAGUCUCAAUCAGUUUCAGUAUGCUCCACAGCAUCUGGUUAGGCUAUUGCAGAUCAUCGUAGAUAAUAAUUGUGAUAUGGAAGUGCGACAAGUUGCUAGUAUCCAUUUCAAAAACUUUAUUGCCAAGAACUGGUCACCGCAUGAUCCUGGUGAGCAGCAGAAGAUCUCACAGAGUGAUAAAGACAUGGUGAGGGAUCACAUUCUUGUAUUUGUUGCCCAAGUUCCCCCCUUGUUGAGGGUGCAGCUGGGUGAGUGCCUCAAGACAGUUAUUCAUUCUGAUUAUCCUGAGCAGUGGCCCCAUCUUCUAGAUUGGGUGAAGAGCAACUUACAAGAUCAGCAAGUUUAUGGAGCUUUGUUUGUAUUGCGAAUUCUUUCCAGAAAAUAUGAGUUUAAAUCAGAUGACGAAAGGACUCCAGUUUAUCGAAUUGUUGAGGAGACAUUUCCUCACCUUUUAAAUAUAUUUAGCAGGCUUGUCCAAAUAGUGGACCCUUCCUUGGAUAUAGCAGAUUUGAUCAAGCUUAUUUGUAAAAUAUUCUGGUCUUCCAUUUAUUUGGAGCUUCCAAAGCAGUUAUUUGAUCAAAAUGUGUUCAAUGCUUGGAUGAUUCUUUUCUUAAAUGUUUUAGAGAGGCCUGUUCCCUUAGAAGGCCAACCUGCAGACCCUGAGCUAAGGAAAUCAUGGGGUUGGUGGAAGGUCAAGAAAUGGACUGUUCACAUUCUAAAUAGGCUAUAUACUAGGUUUGGAGAUUUGAAACUUCAAAAUCCAGAGAAUAGAGCUUUUGCCCAAAUGUUUCAGAAGAAUUAUGCUGGGAAGAUUUUAGAGUGCCACUUAAAUUUGUUGAAUAUCAUUCGUGUUGGAGGCUAUUUACCCGAUAGAGUUACCAACCUUAUCCUUCAAUAUCUAAGUAACAGUAUCUCAAAGAAUAGCAUGUAUAAUUUGCUGCAACCUCGACUGGAUGUUCUUCUCUUUGAGAUAGUUUUUCCUCUAAUGUGCUUUAAUGAUAACGAUCAAAAGCUUUGGGAUGAAGAUCCACAUGAGUAUGUAAGGAAGGGUUACGAUAUAAUUGAAGAUUUAUACAGUCCAAGAACUGCUUCCAUGGACUUUGUUAGUGAGCUUGUUCGGAAACGUGGAAAAGAAAAUCUUCCAAAGUUUAUUCACUUCAUUGUGGAGAUUUUUAAGAGGUAUGAUGAAGCUCCUGUGGAAUAUAAGCCUUAUCGUCAAAAGGAUGGUGCAUUGCUUGCUAUUGGAGCUCUUUGUGAUAAACUGAAACAAACUGAUCCUUACAAGGCUGAAUUGGAGCGUAUGUUAGUGCAACAUGUUUUCCCUGAGUUCAACAGUCCGGUUGGUCAUCUUAUGGCCAAGGUUGUGACUAAUACAUAUGCAUGCUUAGUGAACUCUGUUCAACGUGCAGAUUUGAAUGAGAUCCGGCCAAUUCUUCCUCAAUUACUUGAUGAGUUUUUUAAACUUAUGAAUGAAGUUGAGAAUGAGGAUCUCGUAUUCACACUAGAAACUAUUGUAGACAAGUUUGGAGAGGAGAUGGCACCUUAUGCUUUGGGACUCUGUCAGAAUCUGGCAGCUGCAUUUUGGAGGUGUAUGAACACGGCCGAGGCUGAUGAGGAAGCUGAUGAUCCUGGUGCUUUGGCUGCAGUUGGUUGUUUGCGUGCUAUAAGUACAAUUCUUGAAUCAGUUAGUAGGCUCCCUCAUCUUUUUGUGCAAAUAGAACCAACCUUGCUUCCGAUAAUGCGCAAGAUGUUGACAACUGAUGGCCAAGAGGUGUUUGAAGAAGUUUUGGAGAUCGUGUCAUAUAUGACUUUUUUCUCGCCAACAAUAACUUUGGAUAUGUGGACUCUCUGGCCGCUAAUGAUGGAAGCAUUAGUAGAUUGGGCCAUCGACUUCUUUCCAAAUAUUUUGGUUCCUCUGGACAACUAUAUAUCAAGGGGUACUGCACAUUUUCUUACAUGCAAGGAACCGGACUACCAGCAGGGUCUUUGGAGCGUGAUUUCAUCUCUCAUGACUGACAAAAAUGUGGAGGAUAAUGAUAUUGAACCAGCUCCAAAGCUAAUCGAAGUAGUUUUUCAGAAUUGUAAAGGACAGGUGGAUCACUGGGUAGAACCAUAUCUCACAAUUACGGUUGACCGGUUACGCCGUACUGAAAAAUCCUACUUAAAAUGCCUUCUUAUGCAAGUGGUAAGAACUCUGGAGGAGAGAAUAUAUUUUUGA